AAUAUUCGGGAGCGAAGCAAUAUCAGAGUAUGAAAACACUGUCUCCGGUCGAAACGAUGGCAACUAACGAUCCUCUGCCACCUGGCUGGGAGAUCAAAAUUGACCCGCAGACAGGCUGGCCGUUUUUUGUGGAUCACAACAAUCGCACAACGACGUGGAACGAUCCGCGGCACGAUACGAAAAAGAUUUUUUCCAAUGGUCCUUCAAUGUCCCCAGAGACUCCUCAGGACAUGCACAAAACCUUUAUUAAUGAGAUGAGGCAGCCAAUGCUCCGGCAGGGCUACAUCCCCAUCCCUGUCUGUCAUGAAAACCCUGAACCCAGGCUGCAGCAGUAUCCUAGUUUCUCCUACAUUCAUCCAGCGGUGCAGCAGAAUCUGAGAACAGAUGGACGUACACCUUCCCCAACGCCAGCAGCACACUGUCGGCCUAGAUCUCCAGUGCAGACCCCAUCAGAAGCAUGUUCGUCUUGCUCACCUACUUCACACGGGCCUGAGGGAUAUCAACCACAAGGGACCCACCAACAAAUCAGUGGCCUUCACCAGCAGCCCAGAUCCAGCAAUACAGGUCUCCGGGCAGGAUACAUCCCCAUUCCGGUGAUCCAUGAGGGUGCCGGGGGGGUCUUGCCAUCCCAGCUUAGCCAAAGUUCUCAUCCCACUCGAGAAAAAAUCUACCGUGAACAAGUGCCCAUUCAGAUUCAACAGAACCGUGCUGCCAGUCCCAUCCAAGUCCCCUUAAGAGCCCAGUCGCCAGUCAUGGCUCAGAUCAUGGGAGAGAGGCCUCAGAUGCAGCAACAUAUUGGACACACAGCCAUACCUUCAAAAAUUGAACAUCCAGUUGAAGAAAUCAUCAGAGUACCUACAUUUGAGGUUCCCAUUCAAAGAGUGAGUGAAGUUCCCCAGCAGAUACAUCAUCAGCCAGUACAACAACAACAACAACCUACACAGCAGCCUCAGCCAAAAGCACAACCCUCCCCGCAGGUAUCAGAAACAUCCAAUAUUACCAUACAAGUUCCUCCAGCACCAGAGCCCCAGGAAACAGCUGCUCCUCAAACGCCUCAAGAAGUCUCGUCCCCGCAACUCCAGCCUGAAGAGACUCUGGAACAAGAUCUGAGCCACCCAGGACUGGUCAAAGUGCAGCAGAUAGUGGAACGUGUGGAGAAGCUGGCACAGAAUGUCAAGGGCUUCGAUGGGAAGAAGAAUGAUAAAAGAUACUUGGUACUGGAGGAGAUGUUGACUAAAGAACUGCUAGCUCUGGACUCUGUAGAUCCAGAAGGUCGUCCAGAUGUGCGUCAGGCUCGGAGGGACGGCGUCCGCAGAGUUCAGAAUAUUCUAGACGAACUGGAGAUGAUCGGAGAGAUGCAGGCUGGAAAUGAGGCAAAAGGAGAGCAGAGUAUGAUUGACCAGUUGAACACAGAGAGAGUCAAGGAGUUUUCAUAACUGCUCAAAGAAGGCACACAUUUGAGAACACUAAUAUAAUCCCCAUUCUUCUUUUUACUUGUGCAAUUAUUAUUAGUUGCAUGCACAAAUAAUUGAAUUUUUCUGUUGGAAAUGAUCUAACGUAAAUUGUUUACUGAGUGCUGUUAUGUGAUGCUGCUGUUGUCAAAUCUCACCAUGCCAAUGUCUUGUAGCAAAAGACAUAAUGGUGAUCAGUUUUAUUUAAGAAACAUACCUGAAAAUGAGGCCUUGAACCAGAAGAAAGUAUUUUAACGGCCAAAAAGUAUCUUUUGUACCAUGUGGAAUGAAUGAAGAGUAUUCCUUAAGAAAACAUGUUGUUUUUGAAGUCGUGAGCCAUCAGCGUGAAACGUUUUAAUUCGAUUUUUAGCAUUACGUGGAUUAAAAUGAAGAAAUCUACAUGUUUUAAUUAAGACUUUUGGUUUUGGACUAUGGGAUUAUUUUGUUUCAUACUUGUAUAAACAAUUAAUGCCUUAGAAUAUAAACAUUUUAACAUCUUUAACAUCAAAGAAUAGGUCAUUGUUGAGAGCAAGCUUUGCUGACGGAAUUCCUUGUGAUGGUUUGAACGCCUGUCAGUAUUGUUAUUUGUUGAAUGAAAGGAUACAAAUAAUGCUAUAUUUUUAUUCUAUUUUUCUGUGCCAAAAAGAACAUUUCAACUAGUAUGAAUGUUCUGCUUAAAAAUAGAGAAUUUCAAAAAAAA